GGCGGCAAGCUCUUUCGGAAUCUACUUCAAUUAAGGAAUCAAGUCGGUGUAAGGGGAAAGGUAAGAAAACAAGGGUUGAGGUUGCUUGUGGAAAUGUUGAGGGCCAAGGUAGGCUAGACGACCCAUCCGCCGAGGUCGCUAGCCUAAGUGGCCGAAAUUAUAUGGAAAGAGUGGACCGUGAGUUGUCCAACCAUAAUGCUUGGGCUACAGUUGAGGCCAAAGCUGGGAUAGCACAGUACGAUGAUAGUAGUACAAGGGUGCUACCACUUGAUGCUCAAAUUGAUGGUGUUCGGAAUAGUAGGGGGCUACGAGUUCAUGGGGGCUCCCAAAGGAUGACCACUUCGAGUGGGGGAAUGAAAACUAAGAGUGGUUGUAGAAGG